AGGAGCACGGCCGUGGGAAGGCGGUGCUGCGCCGCGGGGACGCGGGGGAUGGCCGGGGGGGGGAGGUGACCGACAACGACAGCGUCACCUCCUCCCGCGGAGCCUCCGAGGACGGGGACCGGCGCAGGGCGAAACCCAAAGGCGGCGUCACCCGGCGCCGCGUCGGCAAAGCGCGGACCCGUGAGCGGCAGCGGGUGAAGGACGCGGACGGCGUGCUGUGCCGCUACAAGAAGAUCCUCACCACCUUCCAGCGCCUGAAGAGCAUGAGCCGCGCCUUCGAGCACCACCGCGUGGACCGCAACACGGUGGCUCUGACCACGCCGAUCGCCGAGCUGCUGCUGGUGGCCCCGGAGAAGCUGGCCGAGGUGGGCGAGUUCGACCCGGCCAAGGAGCGCCUGCUGGACUACUCGCGCCGCUGCUUCCUGGCCCUCGACCCCGCCACGCUGCAGAAGGUGCAGGCGCUGAAGAAGAGCAAGCUGCUGCUGCCCAUCACCUACCGCUUCAAGCGGUGAGGGGAGGGGGGGGGGCCGCGAGCGGAGGGACCCCCGGAACGCUCGGAACCCCUGCUCGUGUGUCCCGAAACGGGGGGGACCCAGAGAGCCCACCCCCGCGUUGCUUGGACCCCUUUGUGUUCCUCAGAAAGGGGGGGACCCCCUCGCAGCCCCCGGAACGUCCCCAAAAUGGGGGGAGGACCCUCAGAGCGCCCUAGACUGCUUGCGUCCCUUUGUGUUACCCAGAAGAGGGGGACCCCCUCCCAGGCCUCAGAAUGUCCCCAAAGUGUGUGGGGGGGGGACCUCCAGAGCCCCAGGAUCAGGGGAUCCCCUCACGUUCCUCAAAAUGGGGAGGGGGGGGGCUUCGAUUUCCCCAAGUGGGGGGGACCUCAGAGCCGCCAAACUGCUCGGACCCCCCUCAUAGUCCCCAAAAUAUCCUUAAAAUGGGGAGGACCCUCUCCCAUUCCUCCACAGGGAGGGAUCCCUUCACAGUCCCAAACACACCCCCAAAAUGGGGGGGGACGACGACAAUCCCAGAGCCCCACAGAUUGCCUGGAGCCCCCUCGUGUUACCCAAAGGGAGGGGGACCCCCAGAGCCCCCCAAAUCAGGGGACCCCCUCACAGCCUCCCACAUGGCGGCCCCUCCUCUGCACUAAG